GAGCGAAGCAGACUGUCCGCACAGCAGCCAAAGCCGAUGAAUUCGCUCAGGGAAUAAAUAUCUAUAAACCUCGCGGCUGUUUCGUUACGGGAAUAACACUUGCUCGUGGACGCAUGUGAGCGCGCACAUGCCUCGCCGGGACGAUACACCAUGGCUCUGACACAAGUGCGGCUCUCGCUGCCUCCGCUCCUCUGACCACAGAAAGAAAAAGAAAAAAAAAGUCUUUGGAUCUCAGCGAGAAGGCUGUUAUUUCUUUCCUUCACUGACUCUCAGCGAAAAAUAUUGCUGGAAAUAUCCUCCGGAUGGUGAUCAGGGGCCGGACUACCUGUUUUCAGCUGAUUCGCGCAGUGCGAGGAGAAGGGACCGGAGGACUUGCGCCCAUUGCCUUUUCUUUGGUUUAAUAACGCACGUUGGGGAUCGGUGGAAGGGGGAGACGGGCUGCUAUAUUCAAGCAAUUUACACCGACGGGUGCUGCUUCCUCCGAACUCUCACCUUUACGUGUUUUGGUGAAUGGGGGUAACUCUGGUCCUGGAGGCUUGACGCAGCUGGAACAGGGACAGGGACAGGGACUGGGUGCGUGGAGCGUCGGAUCACCCAGGAUUGUACUCCCUCCUCACUCUCUCUCUCUCUCUCCCUCUCCCGUGGGUCUAUUUACAUGUCCAACCUGACCGCUUUAUGACAAUGGAUUACUUUCUGCUUUUAUGCAGCCUCUCGCUGCCUGUGGUGUCCGCCGUGGAAGAGACGCUGAUGGACACGAAGUGGGCUACAACAGAAUUGGCCUGGACUGCACACCCUGAGACCGGGUGGGAAGAAGUGAGUGGCUAUGAUGAUGCCAUGAACCCCAUCCGGACCUACCAAGUCUGCAAUGUGCGUGAGCACAAUCAGAAUAACUGGCUACGUAGUGACUUCAUCCCACGAAAAGAUGUGCUGCGUGUAUAUGUGGAGAUGAAAUUCACAGUGCGUGAUUGUAACAGCAUUCCCAACAUCCCUGGUUCCUGCAAAGAGACCUUCAACCUCUUCUACUAUGAGUCUGACUUAGACUCAGCCACAGCCACCAGCCCUUUCUGGAUGGAGAACCCUUAUGUGAAGGUGGACACUAUUGCCCCAGAUGAGAGCUUCUCCAUGCUCGAGUCUGGACGGGUAAACACAAAAGUCCGAAGUUUCGGGCCACUGUCAAAAGCCGGGUUCUACUUGGCCUUCCAGGACCUUGGUGCUUGCAUGUCACUCAUUUCCGUGAGGGUGUUUUAUAAGAAGUGCUCCACCACAAUCGCCAAUUUUGCCAUUUUCCCAGAGACAGCAACUGGGGCUGAAGCAACGUCCUUGGUCAUUGCACCAGGAACUUGUGUCCCCAACGCCCUGGAGGUGUCAGUGCCACUGAAGCUUUAUUGCAAUGGAGAUGGGGAGUGGAUGGUUCCCGUAGGAGCCUGCACCUGCUCCGCUGGUUUUGAACCAGCAAUGAAGGAUACCCAAUGUCAAGCUUGCAACCCUGGCACCUUCAAAUCCAAACAGGGAGACAUCUUCUGCUUGCCCUGUCCCGCCAACAGCCGUGCCAGCUCAGGAGCAGCCAGCGUUUGCUCCUGUCGAAAUGGUUACUACCGCUCAGACACUGACACACCUGACUCUCCCUGUACCACUGUUCCCUCCGCACCACGCAGUGUCAUCUCCAGUGUGAAUGAGACCUCGCUUUUGCUGGAAUGGAGUGAGCCCCGUGACUUGGGAGGCCGCGAUGACAUCGUUUACAAUGUCAUCUGUAAGAAGUGCCUGCCUGAGCGGGGAAUGUGCUCGCGGUGUGAUGACAAUGUAGAUAUCUCCCCACGCCACCUGGGUCUGACCCAGCGCCGCGUGGCCGUCCGUAACCUGCAAGCCCACACGCAGUACAGCUUCGAGAUCCAGGCGGUCAACGGUGUUUCCAACAAGAGCCCUUAUACACCUCAGUUCUCUGCAGUGAAUAUCACCACAAAUCAGGCUGCUCCAUCUGCAGUUCCCACGGUUCACCUGAUGGCGGCCACAGCGAGCACCAUGAGCCUGUCCUGGCUGCCUCCAGAGAAACCCAACGGAAUCAUUCUGGAUUAUGAGAUUAAGUACCAUGAGAAGGUAAGCAGCAAUGAUCAGGGCGAGGCCAUCGCCCAUACCAUGACGGCCCAGCGAAGCAAUGCACGCAUUGAAGGUCUAAAAGCUGGUACGCCUUAUGUGGUACAGGUCCGUGCCCGAACAGUGGCUGGUUACGGCCGUUACAGCAGCCCGGCUGACUUCAGCACCAACCUGCAAACUGACCCUCCAAAGUCAUGGCAGGAGCAGCUGCCACUCAUCAUAGGAUCAGCCACUGCCACCUUGGUCUUCAUCAUUGCAGUUGUUGUCAUUGCUAUCGUCUGCCUCAGAAAGCAGAGAAAUGGUUCAGAGUCGGAGUACACAGAGAAACUGCAGCAGUACAAAUCCCCUAUAGUAACGCCAGGAAUGAAGGUCUACAUUGACCCCUUUACCUAUGAGGACCCCAACGAAGCAGUGCGCGAGUUUGCCAAGGAGAUCGAUGUCUCCUGCGUGAAGAUCGAGGAGGUCAUCGGCGCAGGUAACCCACCAAAGCUCCUGAGCUACAGGGGGAAGACUGCUAGUCACCUCCAGGCCAUACCGUUAGAGGACUUCACACCAAGCGGAGAGUUUGGGGAGGUGUGCCGCGGUCGCCUCAAGCUACCUGGGCGCCGGGAGAUCAUCGUAGCCAUCAAGACUCUCAAGGUGGGCUACACUGACCGCCAGAGGCGAGACUUCCUGUCCGAGGCUUCCAUCAUGGGACAGUUCGACCACCCCAACAUUAUCCGUCUGGAAGGUGUGGUUACCAAGAGUCGGCCAGUGAUGAUUGUGACUGAGUUCAUGGAGAAUGGGGCACUGGACUCUUUUCUAAGGCUCAAUGAUGGGCAGUUCACAGUGAUCCAGCUGGUUGGCAUGCUGCGCGGUAUCGCAGCAGGCAUGAAGUACCUAUCGGACAUGAACUACGUGCACAGAGACCUGGCUGCCCGUAAUAUCUUGGUCAACAGUAAUCUGGUGUGUAAAGUGUCUGACUUCGGUCUAUCUCGUUUCCUCGAGGAUGACCCUACAGACCCCACCUACACUAGCUCACUGUAUUUCAUGCUCACCUACUCAUUCGCAUAUCCACAGGGAGGGAAGAUCCCUAUUCGCUGGACAGCUCCCGAGGCGAUUGCCUACAGGAAGUUCACCUCAGCCAGUGAUGUGUGGAGCUACGGCAUUGUCAUGUGGGAAGUGAUGUCGUAUGGCGAGCGGCCGUACUGGGACAUGAGCAAUCAAGAUGUGAUAAACGCCGUGGAGCAAGACUAUCGACUGCCCCCACCCAUGGACUGCCCCACAGCACUGCACCAGCUCAUGCUGGACUGCUGGGUAAAAGAGAGAAACCUGCGACCCAAAUUCACCCAGAUUGUGGCAACGCUGGAUAAGCUUAUCCGCAAUGCUGCCAGCCUCAAGGUGGUCACCAACAGUACACAGUCUACUGGGGUAUCCCAGCCCUUGCUUGACCGCUGUGUGCCAGACUAUACCACUUUCACCACUGUGGGGGACUGGCUGGAUGCCAUUAAGAUGAGCCGCUACCGUGACAACUUUGUGAACGCCGGAUUUGCUUCCUUUGACCUGGUGGCCCAGAUGACAGCAGAGGACUUGCUGCGGAUAGGGGUGACGUUGGCGGGCCAUCAAAAGAAGAUUCUUGGUAGCAUUCAGGACAUGAGACUACAGAUGAACCAAACACUUCCUGUCCAGGUGUGAGCAACAGGAAACACAGACCGAUGUAGUCAAAGGACAGCCGGACGGGAAUAGGGGGAAGAACUGUGCCAGAGAGAGCCAUUGGAAAACCCUAGCUGCCUGACCCAUCUCUGCCAAUUAGACGCGAUGAAACUGGCUUGCGGUGCCUCUGAUUAUAUUUUUGUCUUUAUUUCAUUUCCACUUCCAUUUCCUGUUCCUGCUCUUGUGUUAUUUGUCAUUGUUUCUUUUUCCAUCUAAUCAGAAUUUUUGUGUGUUUUUGAAGGAGGAGAAAGAAUUAACCCCCUUAUAUCCCAUGCGUGCCUCACCAGCUCUGGUGUGGGUUGACGUUUGCAUGCAUGUGUGUUUUAGUGAGGUUGGCCUUAGCCCUGUAACUAAAACGUCACCUCACGCAAGAGCCCCUCCCUUUGACCCCUGACCCCAGCUCUGAUGGACGUAAAAUAUAGUAAUGAAUGAACACCCUGUAUAAAAAAAAGUGAGCAAACGUUCGCACACAUAAAAAACAUGACAAAAAAGGAGAUGUUUUGGACCCACAAGAGAUAGAGGACAAUUCUUUCCCUGAUAGAAGUUGUUUUACUGUGCACGUGUGUUUUUCUCCAUCUUCAUAUUGAAGGUGUGUUAUCUAAAAGGGCACUUGCUGGAGAAGGGUGAGGUGGUGUAGGAGGAAAUAUGAUGGGCUGAAGUCAAAGGUCAAGUGGAUGACAGAGGUCAAAAAGGUCAAAGGAGUGCAGCCACAUUUUUGGAGACUUGUUUUGACUGCUGAAUCCUCAGUAGGUCACAGAUGACCUCUUCACUUUGACCUGAAGUGACUCAGGAUAGUUCCACAGCUUAGGAUCACCUGUUAUCUGUUUUUACACAUACAAAUGUUUAUGUUUGUUUGUCCACGCUACAUCUUUUUUUCUCCCCCCCUUUUUGGACUUUUUUACACAUUUUUGGGAGAUUUGUGAUUUAAAAAUGGCCAGCCAAUCCCAAGUAACCCCACUGGACACUUUAUGUGAUUAAGGGGAGACAUGGACUGUGGCAACAAUAUACAAAGACCACUUGGCCUUUUGUGUGCGUUUUUGUAUGUGUGUGUGUGCACAUGUUUGUGUGUAUGUGUGGUUAUGUGUGCCUGGAUGUGCGAAUGUGUUAAGUUGCACACAAGUAUACUGUACAGUAUGGCUUCUGCUAUUUGCCACCGUGGAGAAUUAACGCAUGAACUGAACCGUGACAAGGAGCAAAUAUAUCUGAAACAACUACGCUAUAUUCUGUGGACAACUGUUAAACAUUCUUUUUUAUUGAAUCCAAAACAAUGAACCUUGGAUAUACACACACAUAUAUAUAUGAAAAAAUAUAUAUAUAUGCAUCAUGCAAAAACUGAGAAAAACCAUGACGGACACCUUACUUCCUGCUUACUAUUAUCUGGAUUUAGAAAUAAUCAAAAUUCUUGUUUUAAUUUCUUGACAUCCUGCCCUAUGUAUUUAUUUGUACCUCGCCCGCCAACCCCCGCCACCCCACCAAUACUCAGAUGGACUGUGGGCCAUUUGGGACAGUGGACUUGGAACAGUCAGAAGGAAGAGAAACUCCAAGAGGAUUCACCUAAUGAAUUGAUGAUUAUUAAAAGAAAUUGCAUAUAAAUUGGAUAUUGUAUUUUUGUUGUUGUUCUAAACAGCCUGUACAUGUUUUGUAACAAAAAUACGAUAAAUAACAAAAGAAAAACGGUGUUUUGACAAAAUGAAAGUGUUGUUGUGAAAUGAUUCAGAGUGACGUUAACAAAAAAAGCAAAGCAGGAAGAGAGAGAAGUGGCGGAAAGUCAGGACUGAGAGAGGAAGAGAUUAACCCAUGGUUAGACAGCUGGUAAUAACAUGUCACCCUUUUGCUCUACGUCCAUUGUAGUGUGAGUGUCUAUGUAGGUGUGUUCAAGUUUGUGUGUGCCACCUGAACUGGAUAUUAAGCCUCCCCAAUCAAUUUAAUUUUCAGCAUAAAGAGCAUUUGUGAAUCCCCAAGCUUUUACUAAUUGUCUUCCAAGCACAUUUUUUUCAACUCAAAACCUCCCACGGACCACUCAGAUGCAUCUCUAGGGUUUACCUAUGUUUUGUUUUUACUUAUUUACCAUCACCUCCAACAAUGGGAUCCUCCCAACCAAACUUAUUUACGACUGUUAAAAGAGUCAUUCCAGGGGAAGGUACAGAGAUGAGGCAGCCUACCUUCCAAUCAUUUCAAUCGUCCUAGAGGCGGAGCUCCAUCACAAGCCCUGCUGUUUGCCGCGCUGCAACAAGAUCCUCAUCAGAGAAUUCAGAGCUGUCAGAAGAGAAACCUAUUGGUCUUUGUCUGUCAGGUCGAUUAAUGCAGCAGCCAAUCUGGCAUUGCGAGGAUACGAGCAUGCGGCGAGUGCAGACAUACGGCAAGCUGACCUAUCAUUAUCUCUCUUCAUUUCCUGCCUGGCCUGCAAUCAUCCUGUCUCGGGCUGCUGCAUGAUUAGUACAGUGCAGGAUCAACAGCCCUGGCACGCAGACAGCCAAAAUCUGCAGGCCCCCUCAUCCUAAAUGAUAGCAGCUGCAUCACGGAGACCAUACUAUUUGCGCUUCUGACAGAGGGGUGUUUGAAGGUAGUAGAUUAAGAGAUGGCGCUGAAUCACUAGUGCGAUCUUCCGGUGCUCAUAUUGUUUGGGUUGGAGCUGAUCAAUGCAAUAUGUGACUAUUAUUAGUUAGGUGUGUAAUGCUAGCAUGAUGUUAGUGGCCGUGCAGUCUGUCUUGCCAUAUUAAUUUUGUCAGCCACUCUUAAGACCCUUGAAAAGCCAUGGAGAGUAUUAUGCAAAAAAGCAAUGUGUUCCCUAUUUCUACUGUUUCAUCUUAUUCCACUUACAGAUGUUUUCAUAAUUGCUAGUACAUGUUUUAAAAGGCUUACUAACCUGUAACAGUUGUAGUACAACAUCAAGUAGUAAUUUUAACAGUAGUGUACACACACUAUACAGGAAAUAAGUCUCACAUUUUUUAAUUGGUUUCAUCAAAGUGUCAGUUCUGAUUUCUGAUAUGAUGACUCAAAAUCAGAAGCGCCGGAAUCAUCAACAAGAUUUGCCAACAUGAUGAGAAUGUGUUGAAAGAUCCUUUUAGAUGAUCAAACAUUUUUUCUUGAUAUCAUUCUACAGGAUUAUUUUGUUUUUUUCCAAAGCAAAACAGCAUUUUGAUUGAAAAAGAGUAAUAGAGUACACAUUUGGAGGAGCAGAAGAGCAGAAUUAAUGCAAUCAGAAGCUCACUUUUACUCAACGUCUCUCAGGAAUAUACAAUAUUACUCCCUCUUCUUCCACUCAUCUCAUUCAUUCAGUCAGCUAAGCCCUGCUGUUACAAACUCGCACGUGGCACCUAACAAGACACAGUCGAUGAGCAUAAAAUAAAGAAGUUGGGAUGAGGGUUGUGGGGGGCAUAUCAGGGCUAAACACAAUCAGAUGCCAGACAUGCCCCCUCAUGAAAAAUGGCAGCGCUUUGGAAUUUGCAUGAACUAUUGAUGAGGUGCACAUGGUGUGCUGGGAUCUGGAGUUGUGUUCACCAAAGCCAACCAGCCGUGAGUGAUGAGCUCAACUGGCACUGUUGCACAUCUUACAAUGAUUAAACUGCCACCACAUCAGCUGCAAACAAUUGAUCAUUAAGUGGAUUUUUCACACAUUCAUGGGAGUGUUUGAUGUUUAACAUUCACAUAGAGGAAAAGAACACGUUCUCAUGUGCUUUUUGUUCAUCUUCCUGACUGCAAAGUGCUGAAAUUAAGAUGGACUGUAAUGUUUCUGUUUCUUUGAGUGUGCGUGGAAUAAAAGGAUUGCCAUUUUAUACAGAAACAUUUUGAUCAGCAGACUCUAGGCUUUGUCAGAUGUGAGUAUCUCUUUGUGUGCCAAUGGGAUUCAAACUAUCCCAACAUUCCUUCCAUUUUUCUUUCCCUAUUUUACAUCCUUUAAAGAAUAUCAAACUCACACACCGCCCUCCCUGAAACCCCUUUACUUGCAACUUUCGAACUUUCUUUUCUUCAGUUGUCUGUUUUAAAUAAAUAUACUGUACAUGGUUCUGUCUUUUCUUUUGUCUUAUAACAAGCUCACUGCACAUCUGUCUUGGUCACUUUUGAAAACUCCCUCUUCAUACAUUGAAUUGAGAUGUUUCAGGGAGUGCUGUACAUGAAUAGUGACCUGGGAGGGAAGGCAGAAUAAAGCGCCGAGAAAUUCAAUUGUUAAUUCCUCUUCGAAAAGCAUUGAGAUGUAUUUAAUGGUGCAGACAUACACAACAAAGUACUAAAUAAUGAUGAUGCAUUCUUGUA